ACCUGAUCUCUAAAUGUAUUUCACUUCAUCUGAGUGUUGUUUCAGUGCCUCAGUUCAGUUCAUCUCCAGCAGUCUUUAUUUUACUGAUGUGACUGAGGGCUGUGCUGUUGUACAUCUGACCUCUACAGCUGACUUCCUGUUAUGACUGUGUUUCUCAGGGUUUGUGUUAAGACUGGAUAAAGACGGAGUCUUGUCAUCCAUCAGUAGGCCUAUCUCACUAUUUUGUGUUGAUUGGAUGAACAGUCUUUUCGUCUAACAGUAUCUCACUAUUCCCACUACGCUGGCAGUGGGAACUACCCACUUUAUCAUGCUGUGAUGCAGAGUAGCAUGUAGCAGCGAUACAGAAAGCUUAUGUUGGCCAAUCUUGCUCCUUACUGACCCCUUACAGUUAUGUGUGGAGAUAAGUUAGAAAGACAUGCUGCAGGUCCUAUGUACAGCAGAGGAGGCUGGUGGGAGGAGUCCCUGGAGGGCAGGUUCAUUAUAAUGGCUGGAAUGGAAUCAAUCAUCAAAUAACAUUAUAUUUAUAAAGCCCUUUUUACAUCAGCGGAGUGCUUAUACAGAAACCCAGCCUAAAACCCCAAACAGCAAGCAAUGCAGAUGCAGAAGCAUGGAGCAGAUGUCAAUGGAAUGGAGUCAAAUGUGGUUUCCGUGAGUGGCUAGUCCGUCACGCCGAGCCUGCGUUGCCAUGGACGCCUGUGCCCGUAUCCGAGGAGUUCCUCUCAGGACCCGAGCCUCCAGGAAAGAGGUGGUGCGUGACGGCGGGACUCCGUGUAUGAAGAGCCUUCUGAGCAGCAGAAAGGAGCUGUGCAGCGUGGGAUUGGAGCUGCAGACCAGAGACACUCCAUGCUUGACUGAGAUCCAUUUUGUGUGUUUGCCUGGCCACUCUGAAGGAGAGGAUCUAACUCUACAGGCCCUGUCUUCUCUCCCGGGGGACCUGGUGGAGCUGCUGAGGUCUCUCCAUGUCACCAGCCUGAAAAACGAAGAGGUGCUGCUACUGAAGGACAGCAGGAGAUCAGCCGACAGGAGGGACUCUUCUACUCAGCAGCAGUGCUGGCUGAAGGCGGUGUGUGUUCUGAGACCCAGCCCCAGCCAGGCCAUUGUUGGUGUCUUGGUGGGCCUUCUGGGGCGUUACGCUGCGGGGGUCCGCUAUGCUCUGGAGCUCCAGGCCCUCCAUAAGGGCACAGCUGAGUCCUGCCAGCCCGAGGACGAUAACACCAACCAGUCUGUGUCGUCCAUCGAAGACGACUUUGUCACCGCUCUGGAACACCUGGAGGAGGAGGAGGACAACUCCAAUGGCUCUUAUCUCCAUGGAAACCAGCGUGAUAUGGCCUCCCAGACUGUCCCCGCCCACAAGAGAAACAAGGAUUUAUCAGGUUCCAGGAUCAUAAUCAGCUCUGCCCCCAGGAAGUCCUUAACCAAUCGCAGGUCUCCCCCAGAGGUGUCCAUUACCGUACAGCACUCCAGAGGAGCAGAGUCCCAGUGGACCCUCUACAGCCCAAGAGCCCAGCUCCCCUCCCCCACGCGACCUGUCAGCGACUCAGAGGAAUCGGAUGGCUCAAGCCCUAGUCCAAUCAUCUUUCUAGAUGAGGUUGGCUACCAGAAGAGUCUCAAAGCGACACUGGACAUCCCUCAGAUCCCUGGGGGGCCAACAGACAGGGUGGAGGACUCUGACUCUGAGGUCAGCGAGUUCUUCGACAGCUUUGACCAGUUUGAUGACCUAGACGAACUGAGCUCAGAGAGCUGUACACUCACUCUACCUCUAGACCCGACAUCCUCCAUUACCCCCACCAGCCUAGAUCAGAAGAAGAAGUACUCUGAAGCUGGUACUGGCAAAUCGGGGUCCAAGAAAGUGUCCCGAAGCUGUUCCACCAUGAACCCCCACCGUUUCGACCAGCGCACCCUACCGGCCAAUGUGAAGAAACCCACCCCGCUCAGAAGCCCCCUUCCCCCUGGCUCUCCCUUCGGAUCCCCUGACUCCCCCCGGCCGGCCCGGACCUCCUGUGAGGAGAGUGGAGGUCCUCUCUUCAGCCCUGUCAGCUCCUCAGCCUUCAGCCCUUUGGGAGACGGAGGAGCUCUGGAUUUCUUCUGGAAGACUGAGGGAGAGGUAGGAGACGUUUCAGAGCUACGGAAACCCCAGGACCUGUGUACCCUCUACAAGACCUACUCAGACUUUGCCAGCAGUUUGUCCAAGGAGAUCCUGGGCUCUGUGUGUGGAUACCAGUCUCCCGUGAAUCUCAACGACAACAAGAACCUGAGCUGUGUCUGUCACAAGGAGUUCCAGAACCAGUCUGGACACAUCAUGAAGCUGUCUGAGAUCCAGGAGACGGUGACUCUCUCCAAGCUGCAGCAGAAGCCCCAGUCUCUGAAGGAUGGCAUCCAGAGGUUCGCUACAGACUUGGUAGAGAUGAGCCUGGGCAGCGCCCUAAGAGACUUGCAGAAGGGAAUGUCCUCCUGCACCACCACGCUCUGCCACCUGGCCGCCAGACUCACCUCGUCUGUCUUCCAGAUGGCCUUCCAGGAGAUCGGCAUGCGCCAUGCUUACGUCCUGAAGGAACGGGCCAUCAACGGACUGGCUGGAUUCCUGGUGGGAGAGGCGGUGUCAGGGGCUCUGAAAGACUUCCUGAUGGUGAAGAAGCAGAUGUUCAACAGCACGGUGACGCAGUUUGCCGCUGACCUGGCAGAGGAGCUGGUGUUUGAGGGGAUGAUGGAAGUGUGUCAGUUCUCCCAUCCCUCCACCCCCCUCACCCCCAGCGAUUGGUCCUUCGGGGUGGGGGAGGACGACGAUGAGGAAGUGAUGUCUUCCUAUGCCUCGGACCUCUCAGAGUCUGUCCUCCAGGAGGCCUUCAUAGAACUGUCCCAGGCUGAUGUUGCCUUCAGUACCCAGGCAGCCAUCAGUGUCUCUGUGGACAACAUCUGCUACGUCAGCGCUGUCGACACACACACCACCUGCAGUACCGCCGCAGGCCACCAGGCUUUCCACGUUAACCCAGCCGAGGAAGGCCCAGGUCCAUCAGGCGAGGAUGGCUGUACGGUGAAGAAGGCGCUGUUCUGCGUGUCUGGAAUGGCCAGCUGUGUACCGGUCCCCCAGGCAGGCCAGGCCAUCUCCCACCUCCACGACUCAGAGGAGAUCUGCCAGUGUAAGACCAGCCUGGCUCAGACCAGCCCCAAGAGGAGCUGCAGCUCAGAGAACAGAGUGGUGACCACAACGUCCUCUGAUGCUACUGCUGCCACACAAACUGACCUGCUGUCAAAGACCCGCUUUCACAACUUCUCUGGCAACAUGGUGGAUAUGAUAGUGAGUGAAGCAUGUGAACUGAUGACUGCCACGAAGAUGAAGAAGAAGGUGGAGGACUGUGCCGACUUCCUUUCUAAGACCAUAGUUGGUCGGGGACCUCCAUCCGGACAGGAGGGUAGUGUCACUGACCAGACCUCCCUCUACUCUCUCCACCCUCCCUUUCAGACCCCGGGAGGAGUGAACUUUGAGGCAGGCUCCAAGACCAGCAGAGCAGUCGCUGAGACCCGGCCUGUGAUGAUGGACACUCUAGAGGUGCCAGGGUUGGAGAUGGGAGGCUGGGGAGGCAGGAAGAUGGCCACCUGCGAGGAGAUGGUUCGCAGCCCUGGUCACAAGUCCAACAGGACCCCUGGUACACCACCCUCGACCCCCCAGCAGCCCAGCGAGGUGUCCCAGGAGAAACAGAUCAAGCAGUUCUCCAAGAAGCUGAAAGGCAAACUGGCCAAGGAGUUCUCCACCGCCACCCCUCCUCCCACCCCACACUACCAGCCAGGGCCCGAGCCCAAAGAAUCCACCUCUGAGACAGACAAGGCUGACUUCAUGCUCAAACUGAUGAGGUCUCUGUCUGAGGAGGCAGACGGGAACGAGGAGGAGGAAGAGGAAGAGGGUAGAGUAGAAGGGGUUAACUCUGUAACUGAGACAGGAAGCCGUAUGCAGCCAGAGCUCAACCUCUUGGAUGGAGGACACAAGAUGGCCGACAAGGGAGCCCUCCAUUACGCAGAGCGCCUGGCGUGCCACAUCGUCUCCAUGGCGACAGAGAUAGACACCCUGGGAGGAGUGGAUGAUGAAGGUAGAAGGACGGUGGAGGGCAGGGAGGAGCGGAGAGACAGCAUGGCCCAGUUCUCAGCGCAGACUCUGAACACGCUGUGGAUAUACGCUGGCGAGGUGGCGGGAGAGGUGAUCAGCGACGUGAAGAGGAUAAUGUGGUCAGGUCAGUGUCACCACAGUGCGCUCAAACAAGGCAGCCAGGAGCAGUCGGUGGAAUGCCCUCACCACUACCAACCCCAGCCCAGUGAACACAGCAAAGACUGCAGGGUGGGUCGUCUGGCUGAACAGUGGUCCAAUGACCUCUUGCCUGUCCUCCACCCAUCCACCUCUACCCCCAGCUCUGGCCUGUCCUCUGACUACCCCAGCUGUGAGAGUGUGACAGAUGAGUACGCUGGCUACCUCAUCAGGGUGCUAAAGAAAGAGGGAGGCAGCAGGGAGCUGGUCCUGGAUCAGUAUGCUAGCCGUCUGGCCUACCGCUCCAUCAAACUGGGCCUGGCCCAUGCUGCCCGCAACAUGAAGAGACCAUCCUCCUCCAGGCACCACCACUCCAGGAGGCUCCAGCAGAAUGGCUGCAGGGGACCCAAUGCCGAGCCAUCCGUACCCAGGGACGAAGCAGGGAGAGUGGGAUCUCCUUCCAGAGACAUUGACGAUGGGAGCCAGAGGGAGUACAUGGAGCUGGUGAACUUCGCAGAGUCGUUGGCGUGCAACAUCACCUGUGAUGUCACACGCAAACUUUGUGUGCCGUCGGUCCGACUACCCAAGUCCCGGACUGACUCGUGUCUGUAUAAGAAGUCGAAGCUGGAGGACAUGGCAGAGAGCCUGAUCAGGAACUCCUUCUCAUGCCCCCUGCUGUCCAAGGAGGGGAAUAGCAGGCAGUACCACAGCACAGGCAGCCUGUACGACGGCGGCUACAGCAGUGGAGUCAUGGAGGUUCUGGAGCACUAUGCCAGGAACAUAGUGGAUGACACGUUGGAGAUGGGCCUGGCCUCGGCAGGAAACCCAGCCCAGCAGGGUCCAUACAGACACCACCACUCUGAGAGGCGAGCAGUGGGCUCUGCACUGGGGGAAACAACCUGCCAGUACUGCCAGGUCAGGGAGUGUCUGUUCUGCUCACGGCCCAACAGGCAGCACCUCCUCGGUGGAGGAGCAGGCCAGAGGAGGAGGGGGAGGCUGGAAGGGGAUGUGGGGGUAUGCGGCCUGGAGAUCCCUGAGAUCCACAUCAAUCUGGACCGCAGGGCCGUGUUCGCAGAGGAGAUGGUCACUACGGCGAUGGAGGGGGCCAAGCGCGAGUUGAGCAACACCAGCCUGAACGCCGACAGCGGGAUCGGACACGACGGGUACAGCUUCGCCGAGAGCCUGACCGCCGAGAUCAUGACGUCAGCACUAUCCAACACAUGCCAGACCACCAACCUCAGUUUCCCAGGCAGGGAGGCCACAGAGUCCUCGGUGUCCCAGCAGCUCAGUCUGAGUGUGGGAGACGACAGCCUGGGCAGCUGGUCCCGCCUCAGCUUCGAGGACGAACACCCUGACGAGACCAGCAGCUUCCUGCACCUCAGCGACAGCAAUGGGAACAGCAGUAGUUGGAGCAGCCUGGGGUUAGAGGGAGAGGUGUAUGAAGAGCACCUGUCCUUCUCUCCCUCCGACAGCGAAGGCACUGAGGACAAGGAGCUCGAGACCAAGGAUGAAUCCUGCGGUUCAGUGCGUGUGGGCCAGGCUCAGGCUUACAGGCACCUCCUGGUGGUAAACUCUGAGCUCAGGGAGAUGACCCCUGACCCACAGCACAUGACCUUUGACCCACAGCUCAGGAGCAUGCUGCAGUGGGCGGCAGCCUCCAUGGCUGACCUGCCCAUGGUUCAGCUGAGUCCUAGUGACAGCAGGGAGCUGCAGCAGCUGCCUGCGGUGGUCCAGAGGCUGAAGGACAGGAAGUGGAAGGUGGGAGAGCUGCUCCAAGCCCUGCUGCGUUACUGUGAGGAGACCCACGCCCCACCCCAGUCUGAACCCAGAGAGGCGGGGAGAGCAUCCCACCACACUCCCCUCUUCCCGUGGCUCCUGGAGCACGCUUAGGCUGACUGCACCUCUCCUACCUCCCCUCCCUCCUUACCUCUCCCCAACACUGCUUACUGUACAGUAUAUCUGUGAAGCCUGCUACAUAGUGAGCACUACCUGUUAAACUAAACCCUAUGAAGAUUCCCAUCACUUCUCAGUGAUGUGCAGCGUACCUGCCAAACCCCGAACCCCCAAUCUAUCCUCCUCGUACUGUGGAUCCUGUCCCUUAUAGGGCUGUACCCCCAUCGUUACCCAAAGGACGCUAUUAAAAACAGCUAUUCUUAUUAUUGUGGGCAUCUUGAAUGCCGUGACUGAAAGCAAUUGUGUAUUUUCUUCUCUCUUCUCUGGUUUUGUUGGGGUUGUUUUUAAAGGGAUUCUUCUGGAUUUUCUACUUCCUCAGUCAGAUGAACAACCGGAUAGCAUUGGCGCAAUGACAAGCAUGCCAGCAGUUACCCAUAGACUUCCACUCAUUGUGCUAAUGCUAGUUAGCAAUUGCACUAACACUAGUUAGCAACUUUCAAACUGCACGCAGAAGCAUAUCCGGUAUCCAUUGGUUUAUCUGACUCUUCAUUGCCGAAAUCCUAAAGUAUCCCUUUAAUAUUGGUCUGUAUAUCACGUGUUGAUUAGUGUGCUGUCGUUGACGACUGGCUUUGUUAAAGCGCUCCCACGCUGGUGCUACAGAGAGUAACCUUAACCUCUGUUACAGACAGGAACCUUCUGUUCCAGGGGAGAGGGCGAGAGUAACCUUAACCUCUGUUACAGACAGGAACCUUCUGUUCCAGGGGAGAGGGCGUGAGUAACCUUAACCUCUGUUACAGACAGGAACCUUCUGUUCCAGGGGAGAGCGAGAGAGUAACCUUAACCUCUGUUACAGAGAGAAAGGGAAACCUGACAGACAUACGGACACGGGGGGCUGAACCGUGUUAGAUCGAGAGCUAUGGGUUGAGAAAUGUCAGUGAAAGGGAGAGGGAGAAAGUGAUGAAUUGAAAGUGUUUUCUGUUAGGGAAUCCCCAUAGCUGCAGGCCAGAUAAUGUCAUCACCUUAGCUCUCCUCUGUGGUGGUGUUUCCACAUGAUUGGGGACCAACAAUACUCACAUGAAUACACUCACAUGAAUACACAUACACUCACAUGAAUACACUCACAUGAAUACACAUACACUCACAUGAAUACACUCACAUGAAUACACAUACACUCACAUGAAUACACAUACAUGAAUACAAAUAGACUGAAUGCACUCACAUGAAUACAGUCACACUCACAUGAAUACACAAAUACACAUACAUUCACACGAAUACACAUACACUCACACGAAUGCACUCAACCUCGAAUGACUACACAUACACGAAUACUCACACAAAUAGACUCACAUGAAUACAAGUGCAUGUUGAUUCUAACAGCCUUUACGAUGAGUAUAACUGAGUUUAAGAUCACAUGUCCUUUGAAAAGAUAAUUGUUUACAACAUAUGAGUGGUCUCAAUAUAAUGGGUUACAUUUCAUGAUAUAGUAUCUGUGUGUCUCCCAUGCUCUAAGUGUAAAAUACGCAAUGAACCUAGCAGCAGAUUUGUUUAUCAAACAUUUUAUUUGUAAAGGAUGUUACCAAGAUUUUUUAAGAUUUGAAGUGAAAUAUGAGAAAGUGCUCUAUUAUAUGAAGGAAGCCUUGAUUAUCAGUGAGCUCUAUGUUGCCAUUAGCUACAGUAGAGACUUCCUACUAUAGCGUGCGUGCUUUAUCCAUGUGAUGUGCUGGUUAUCUAGAAGGGCCUUGUCCACUGCUGGGAACAUCCUGUGACACACACACAGUAGUUGUCCUAAUUAAAGACAUGUUCUCAGUCUGCACCUCUCCACCACAACUGACCGGUUUUUAGCUCAGGGCACACACAGCUUAGGGCAUCUGACCCCCGCAACUUCCCUCUCUUACCCCCAACACACACACACACACACACACACACACACACACACAUCCGGCACUACUCCUGCUAUGAAUGCACUUUUAGGGAGGUGAGUUGAGGAUGGGCAUUUCCACUCUGGUUGCCCCAGGCUUCUGCCUCCUUAUAGAUGAUACCACAACGUGAUGACACUUCUGAGUGAGUGGCCCCAUAUCCUGUUAAGGUUAACCUUAGUCACACACAGUCAGUCAACCACAGUAGCCAACACACACAGACCCUAAAGGAAUCUCUGGCAUUGUGACACGCUGUGAUGAUGAUUUGUAUUAUUAAGGGAAUUUCAGACAAUGUGAAAUUAUGGGGAUAUUGACCAUGCUGUGGCAUCUCUACGCUGUAUUAUAAAGUGGGUGGUUCAAGCCCUGAAUGCUGAUUGGCUGACAGUCUGUAUGGCAAAGCAUUUAUUUUUACUGUUCUAAUUAUGUUGGUAACCAGUUUAUAACAGCAAUAAGGCAGCUCCGGGGUUUGUUGUUUAUGGCAAAUAUACCACGACUAAGGGCUGUAUCCAAGCGCUCUGAGUUGCGACGUGCAUAAGAACAGCCAUUAGCCGUGGUAUAUUGGUCAUAUACCACACCUCCUCAUGCCUUAUUGCUUAAAUAUACCAUGGUCUGCAUGCCCACAUUGAACCGUUGAGUUUGGCUGUUCUGCUGCUGCCGUCACGGUAACAACGGAACAGAUUCUAGUUCAUUAACCCUUUCUAUAUUUCUGCACUGUACUAUAGCUACACCAUCAGCAGAGCUGUUCAGUGUUUAGUAGCAGUAUGGCCUGAUCCUCAUGCUCUUCAUCACUUGAAUAUUAUUAUAUUGACUUGCCUGUCCUUGAACGAGCCCCAAUGACACUUCAGCUGUGCAUUAUCCCCAGUUAAAACUCCCUGACAGCAUACAGUAUAGAUUCCACGUUGUCAAACUCCCUGACAGCAUACAGUAUAGAUUCCACGUUGUCAAACUCCCUGACAGCAUACAGUAUAGAUUCCACGUUGUCAAACUCCCUGACAGCAUACAGUAUAGAUUCCACGUUGUCAAACUCCCUGACAGCAUACAGUAUAGAUUCCACGUUGACAGCAUACAGUAUAGAUUCCACGUUGUCAAACUCCCUGACAGCAUACAGUAUAGAUUCCACGUUGUCAAACUCCCUGACAGCAUACAGUACAAUAGUAGGCCACUGCUGAUGCCUUGUGUAUUAACACUGAUUCUCUGAGCUGCCAAAUGUUGCUGAUCCAUGUGAAAUAUGAAGGAAAUGUUUCACAUUGUUUAUUACCUUAACGUAUCUGAACACUUAAUCAAAAGUACUUUAAAAAGUUGUAGUAAAAAAAAAAAUUCCCAAAAUGUAUAGGGGAAAAGUAGGUAUUAAUAGGAGAAAAUCUAUGUAAUCAAAGAGGAAUGUAUGGAGGAGAGAGUAUAUAGAACCUGUAAGAGUUAGCCAACUAUGCUACAUUAUAUCAGUUUCCUGAGUCUCUGAGGGGGAUUGUAAUAUGUUGAGUUGUGAUUGUAAACAUAUAGACAGCUCAUCUGUCUGGCCCUCCUGUAUCGAUCAAUGUAUUUAGUGUACCUGUACAUUCCUAUGUUUUCCUUCACAGGCCACCUGUCUGACCGCCUGCCUGGCCGCCUGCCUGCCCCUAUGUGUUAUUUAAAGCUGAAUGUGCGUCUGCAGAGAAAUGACUCCACAGUUCAAAUGUACUAUCAGGUGUAUACGUCUGUUUUGUUACUGUCAGUGUUGCAGUGUUACUAUCAUCUUGUCUUGCACAGCAGAAGGCAACCUGUGUUUACUCGAUCCUGUAUUUUUCCUGCUUCUUUGUAAAAUCUUGUCAAAUAAGAUAUUUAAUGCUAAUUUAUGUAAGUUAUAACAGUGAGAACACUACUAGUCCCCUUCUAGUGACAUUGCUAAAAAGCUCACACAUUCUAAGCUUGACGUCGAAGCACUAUUUGUCAUUGUUUAAGCUGUGUGUAACAAUAAAGCUUUUUCAUGUGCUCUGGUA